GAAUUAAAUUAUUAUUGCCAUACGUUCGUUAUGGUGUCUGAUGUCUUCAGUCCUCGCGUCUUCGCGGCUUCACUGCAUGCUCCCCUUCGUUGGAAAGUUGGAAAGCUUUCUCUGACUUCGACUCCAUGACAUACUGUAUGCUGGGAAGGAGUGAUUGAGCUAGUGACACAACAAGACAACAAGGGAUAAUGACGGUACCUGUAUCUGGGAAUUCGAAACAACCGCGUUUUAUCCUCUCAGGUCGUCGGUUUACAUUGAUUGGACUGUUGAUUUUGGUUCUGCUUCCAACAAUUUUCUUUACUUCCAGUGGCAGCAAUGAAGUUACCGGUAACACUGUGGUCCACCAACCGGAUCUUUUGUCUUCCAUCCGUCCUGCUUCACCCAUUACAAAAAAGACAGUUCAGUUACUACCACCUCCCUCCUUGCCAGAACCGGAGAAAGGAUCCUUGGAACCUGAUCCUUGGAACACGACUGCAUUGGAACGGGACCAAGGAUGCUUGGAACGGGACCAACGAUGCUUGGAACGGGACCAACGAUGCUUGGAACACGACUACAUUGGAACGGGACCAACGAUUCUUGGAACGGGACCAACGAUUCUUGGAACCGGAGAAAGGAUCCUUGGAACACGACUGCAUUGGAACGGGACCAAGGAUGCUUGGAACGGGACCAAGGAUGCUUGGAACGGGACCAACGAUGCUUGGAACGGGACCAACGAUGCUUGGAACACGACUGAUUCUGAGUUUGUCUAA